AUGCUGACAUCGACAACAGACGGAAAUUUACCCCACGCACAGGAGCCCUGCGGGCUGCCUCCCAGGCCCGCUGCACCAGGGGGCUCGCGCUACGUCCCGCCCGCCCUGCGCAACCGCGUGCCGACGGCGGAGAGCUCCUCGAGCCUGAGGGAUGUAGACAACACGUCGGAAUCGUCGGAGCGGAGCGAGACCACGGAGGCGCCCGCACAGCAGUGCAUCCGACACGGAGCGUCGUCCAUCGUCGGCGGGAGGGCGCAAAACGAGGACGUGACGUGCUCCUUCGCGGACAUUUUCGACGCGAGCUGCGACGUCGCCGCGCCGCCGGACGCGCCGGAGUGGCGCGGCUUCUACGCGGUCUUCGACGGCCACGGCGGCCAGGAAGCGUCGCAGUACUGCGGAGAGGAGCUCGCGAAGGCCCUGGUCUCCGCGCCAAACUUCCCCGCGGACAUCGAGCAGGCUCUGCGCGACGCCUUCGUCCGCGUGGACGAGGGCCUCCGAGAGAAGUACGAGGCGCGGUGCCUGGAGGUCGGCGAGGAGGAGGCGGCUCGCACGGGGUCCGGCACCACAGCCCUCGCCUGCCUGGUCUGGGGGCCUGACCUCUGGGUGGCGAACCUCGGGGACUCGCGCGCCGUGCUGUGCUGCGCGAAGCGCGCCAUACCGCUGAGCGCCGACCACCGCCCCCACGAGAACGAGGCCGAGCUCGCGCGCGUCGAGGCCGCCGGCGGGUACGUGCGCGACGGCUACGUGUGCAAUCACCUGGCGACGUCGCGCGCGCUGGGCGACUGGCACUACGCCAUGAAGCGCGAGGGCAUCGUCUCGAACUCCCCGGACGUCGUCCGCCACCGCCUCGACCCCGCCAGCGACGAGUUCCUCGUCCUCGCAAGCGACGGGCUCUGGGAGCUCUUCCACAGCUCCAGCGACGACCUCGGCGUGCGCUCGCAGCGGGCGAUCGAGCUCGCGCGCGGCCGCCUCAUGCAGACGUACGACGCGGAGGCGUGCGCGCAGUACCUCACCGGGAAGGCCGAGGACGUGUUUCACGCGUCGGACAACACGAGCGUGAUCGUGGUGACGCUCCGGGACGCGCCGCCGCGGCAGGCGAACUUCCGGAACUCGAGCUUCCGGCGGGACGGGUCGCACCUGGCGCUGCGGGCCGUCGAGCUGCACGCCGAGCGCCUGGGGCAGCAGGGGGGGUUGCAGCGCAAGGGGUCGGUGAACGAGAUGCCGCGCGGGGCGCCGGCGCGGCGGAGGGUCGGCGCGAGCAGCCUGCGGGAGAGCUACACGCGGUCGGACCAGGCGGCGGAGGAGGACGCGGCGGUGCGGUCGGUGGGCACGGGGCUGGACUCCUCGACGGUGGCGGAGAGCGGCGGGGGGGAGUCGAGCGACAGCGACGACGAGUGGGACCGCGCGCCGCCGCGGCAUCGGUCCGUCGCGUCCACGCCCGCGCCGCAGGACCCGUGA